AUGGACCUGCGGGUUUGCGGUGGUACCCCCGCGUGUCUCUAUGCUCUGUUGUGGCUGACGGCGGUGUGGAGCUCCGCCACAGCUGCGCGGAGCUGCGCCGAGUCCCGCCGAGAGUAUGAGGAGCGCGGCUACAGCGCGGCCAGUAGCCCGCUGUCCCCCAUAAGCGGGGAGCACUUGCGGCUCUGUCCUCAGGACUACACCUGCUGCUCCAGUUUGAUGGAGGAGACGCUGGCACACCAGAGUGAGGCUGACUUCCUGUCUGCAGUUGAGGACAACAGUCAGUUCCUGUUGACGAGUUUCACUCAGAGGCACCGCAAAUUUGAUGAGUUUUUUCGGGAGCUGAUUGAUGUGGCAGAGAAGGCAAUGAAUCAGAUGUUCACCAAGACGUAUGGCCGCCUUUACACGCAGAACGCACAGCUCUUCCAGCAGCUUUUCACAGAGCUGCAACGUUACUACUCAGGAGGAGGUGUGAGUCUAUCUGAGGUGCUGUCUGAUUUCUGGGCGGGGCUGGUGGAGAGGGUAUUUUCUCUGGUGAAUCCUCAGUAUCAGUUUGGUCAGGACUAUCUGGAGUGUGUGAGCAAACACGCGGAGCAACUCCAGCCUUUUGGAGACCUGCCACGCAAACUACGCGUACAGCUUUCCCGUGCAUUCAUUGCUGCAAGGGCUCUGGUCCAGGGUCUGGCCACUGGCCGAGACAUUGUUAAUAAAGCAGCCAAGUUAAGUGUGAGCUCUGAGUGUGUUCGUGCGCUGAUGCGGCAGUGGUAUUGCCCGCUGUGUCGUGGAAUGCCCUCCCUCAAAUCCUGCCACUCGCUCUGCCUCAACGUAAUGAAGGGCUGCCUGGCCAAUCAGGCAGACUUAGACUCAGAAUGGAACAAUUUCAUUGACUCCCUGCUGUCUCUGGCUGAUAGGCUGGCUGGGCCAUUUAAUGUAGAACUGGCUGCUGAUUCUGUCGCCGUGAAAGUGUCCGAAGCCAUCAUGCACAUGCAGGAAAACAGUGUCACCAUUUCUACCAAGGUGUUUCAGGGAUGCGGAAGUCCUCGUCCAGUACCUGGCAGAGCAAAACGCUCGCCCAGAGAACGAGAGAGAGAGAAUGAGAGACAGCGAGGCAGCAGGAGGCUGUUCAAAACUUACAGUCCAGAGGAGAAGCCAACUACUGCUGCAGGAACCAACCUGGACCGUCUGGUGCUGGAGCUGAAGGAGCGUCUCAGGCCCAUGAGGGGAUUCUGGGUAUCGUUGCCACACACUAUCUGUAAUGACGAUAAGAUAGCUGCUGAUGUGACUAAUGAGGACCGUUGCUGGAAUGGUCAGGCUCGAGGGAGGUAUCUGCCAGAUGUCAUGGGUGAUGGUUUGGUGAAUCAGGUGAAUAAUCCGGAGGUGGAAGUAGACAUUGCUCGGCCUGAUGUUCGAACACGCCAGCUCAUUAUGGAACUGCGAGUGGCCAUCAACCGCCUGAAACACGCCCACAAUGGCCAAGACACCGACUUUAUGGACAGUGAUGGAGAUGACAGCAGUGGUUCAGGACUGGGGGAGCGGUACAGUGAUGACUGGCCCGGUUAUGGCUCGUACUCACCUCCACGUAGCCCAGCCUACCCCCACAAACCAUCCCGUCCCCGUGACCGGAGCACCACCAAGUGGAACAGAGCUCAUGGACCAACUAGAUCAGUCGCCCAGAAAGUUUCUCCUCUUUCCCUAUUCUUCCUGUCCCUCUCGCUGCUGCUGUCUCUUUCCCUUCAUUGGAGAUAGCGUGCUCCUGCAGUUUGCAACAUCAUUCACUGGAAAAUGCUGGAAUCCUACAGGACAAAGAGCAGCCAGUGACACAAAAGGAACUGAAAAUAUGAGAAGCACAAAAGCAAUCAGAGGUCAGAGAAAGAGAGAAAGAUAAAUGAGAGCAAGAAAGAGAGUGUGGCAGAGAGCAAAAGAUGGAGAGUAAGAAAGAAGCACAUACUCUCUUCUUUUGUACCGUGUGCCAAAUGGCUUCAACUAAAAAGCGUGUCUAUGGCUUAUUUGUCUAAUCAUUAUUUUAAAGGAGUGGUUUAGUUUAGCACUAGAGCAACAAGGCUAAUGUUGAUACAAACAUAAGAAGUCAAUAGUCGCCCAAAUCUUUUCUCUUAAUGCAUCCACAAGACUUCUCUUACCACGUUCAAACCGUAUCCAGGUAUUCAUUAAGGUUGUACAGACACUUGUAGAAGUGGUUUAGGGCAGUGUUUCUUAAACCUUGUCCUAGAGGCCCACUGCCCUGCACAUUUUAGUGCUUUUUAUGUUUUAACACAACGGAAACAUCCUAGUUCUCACUUGGUCAUGAAAAUAGCGUAAACUAAGGAAGUAGAAUUUGGACAGUGAUCAUGUCUCGGCUGAUCGACUACAUCUGGGUAAGUGAAAAAUUGUGCAGCUAUUCCUUUGACCUGUCAGUGUGCACAUACUUCAGUUCCUCAUAACAUAAAUUAGUUUCAUUGUAGUUACCAAAUAAUGCAUAGUAGUUACUGAAUAAUAAUCUUGAAGGAAUUCUCUACCAAUUUUUAUACUAAUUAAGUUAGUGUUCUUUGUUUUAUUAUUCUCUGCGCUUGUGCCUUUGGGACUGAUCACGUGCAGUUCGUUAAAACAAAAUUUUUUUCCCAGUAGGAAAUGAAUGGCGUAAUGUUGAGAGAAUUCAAAUCUAACUACCACAAAUGAUGUCAGAAUGGACAUCUCUGGAUAUUUCUGAAUUUCAAAGACAUUGCAUACAGACUCACAUAAAUACUAGCACAUAUAUAUGU